CCCACCCCCGAAAUCCUCACCCAGGGCCCCGAAUAUCCCAGGUCCAUGACCGCAAAGCCUUUCUCCCUGAUCCCCUAAAUGUCCCAGAUCCCCGAGGUGACCGACCUCCUAAUUCCUUAACGUCUGGUGCCUCCCAAUUUUUCAAUCCCCCACCCUAUCCCGAUGUGGCAAUUGAGGCUUCCGGGGGGCACCUGCCUCAGAUUACCUGAGAACAGGAGACGUUCGGAGCCCAGGACAUGUCGGGAUUGAGGAGAUACGAGGUGGCGCUGGAGGCGGAGGAGGAGAUCUACUGGGGUUGCUUCUACUUUUUCCCCUGGCUGCGCAUGUGGCGGAGGGACAGGAGCUCGGCGCAUCCGCGGGAGCAGAAGUUGGAGCCUCUGCGAGGCCUGAUGAGCUGUCUGUCAAGCGGACUGGGCCCUGCCCCCCAGCGCUCGGGUCGCGGCCUUCCUCGCCGCACCCCCGCCGCCACUGCCCAGCCAGCCGGUGCAUUAAAGAUUUAAACCGAA